GCUAUCGGCGAUUUUUUUCCAGCUUUCGAUUUCGGACAUUAUAGAUUGCAAGCGCGGACCGGACGCAAAAUGGAGCUGGAGAUAGUGAACGCGAAGAACAGCAAGCCCUAUGGAAAGGUGAAGGUGCCCUCCGGCGCCACGCCCAUCGGGGAUCUGCGCGCCCUAAUCCACAAGAGCUUGAAGCAAACGCCGGAUGCCAAUCGGCAAUCGCUGCGAUUGGAGCUGAAGGGGAAAAGUCUGAAGGAUACGGACACAUUGGAAUCCCUAUCCCUGCGAACCGGUGAUAAGGUUUAUGUGAAGGAUCUGGGUCCCCAGAUUGGCUGGAAAACCGUCUUUCUCGCCGAAUACGCCGGUCCCCUGAUCGUAUACUUGAUUUUCUAUUUCCGGCCGGAGUUAAUCUACGGCAAGUCGGCCACUUUGCCGAUUUCCCUCACCACCCAUAUCGCCGCUGGCUGCUAUACGGUCCACUAUGUGAAGCGUCUACUGGAGACCAUCUUCGUCCACCGGUUCUCCCAUGCCACCAUGCCGCUGAGGAAUCUCUUCAAGAACUGCACCUACUACUGGGGAUUCACGGCCUAUGUGUCCUACCACGUGAACCAUCCGCAGUUCACCUCGCCCUGCAUGUGCACUGUUUGGGCAGCUCUCGGCGCUUUUGCUUUCUGCGAACUGGGCAACUUUUCGGUGCACAUUGCCCUGCGUAACUUGCGUCCACCGGGAACCAAAGUGCGCAAGAUUCCCGUGCCCGAUGCCAAUCCCCUGACCAAGCUGUUCAACUUGGUUUCGUGCCCCAACUACACAUACGAGAUCGGUGCCUGGGUUUCCUUCUCCGUGCUGACCUCUUGCCUGGCCGCCUAUCUGUUCGCCUUCGCCGGAGCUUUCCAGAUGACCGUGUGGGCUCUGGCCAAGCACCGCAACUACAGGAAGGAGUUCAAGGACUAUCCACGCCAGCGCCGCUCCAUCUUCCCGUUCGUCCUGUAGGCUCUGUAGGAUGGAAGUCCCCGCGACACACACAUUCGCUGUAUUACCAAUUACCUAUUCCACAUUACACAUUUACACAUUUUGGCUAGCGUUUAACCGGGUAGUUGUCUAGUGAACUUUGUGCUUUCGUUGAUUUAAAGCAAAUACAAUUUGGAGAAGCGUA